CGCCGCAAGAGCGCCAGAGGCGCGGCGGGAGGAGCUGGCGGCGCGCGCCUCGUUGGGCCCAGACUCGGCCGCCUCCCGCCGCCUCCCGCGCGGCCAUGGACUGAGAGCCGCCGGCCAGGCCGCGGGGAUGGGGCCGCCGCUCCCACUGCUGCUGCUGCUACUGCUGCUGCUGCCGCCACGCGUCCUGCCUGCCGCCCCCUCGUCUGUCCCCCACGGCCGGCAGUUCCCGGGGCGCCUGGGCUGCCUACUCGAGGAGGGCCUCUGCGGAGCGUCCGAGGCCUGUGUGAACGAUGGAGUGUUUGGAAGGUGCCAGAAGGUUCCGGCAAUGGACCUUUACCGCUACGAGGUGUCGCCCGUGGCCCUGCAGCGCCUGCGCGUGGCUUUGCAGAAACUCUCCGGCACAGGUUUCACGUGGCAGGAUGACUAUACUCAGUCUGUGAUGGACCAGGAACUUGCAGACCUCCCCAAAACCUACCUGAGGCGUCCUGAAGCGUCCGGCCCAGCCAGGCCCUCAAAACACAGCAUUGGCAGUGAGAGGAGGUACAGUCGGGAGGGCGGCGCUGCCCUGGCCAAGGCCUUCCGACGCCACCUGCCCUUCCUGGAGGCCCUGUCCCAGGCCCCAGCUUCAGAUGUGCUCGCCAGGACCCAGACGGCGCAGGACAGACCCCGUGCUGAGGGUGACGACCGCUUCUCCAAGAGCAUCCUGACCUAUGUGGCCCACACGUCUGCGCUGACCUACCCUCCUGGGCCCCAGGCCCAGCUCCCCGAGGACCUCCUGCCGCGGACCCUCAGCCAGCUCCAGCCAGACGAGCUCAGCCCUAAGGUGGACAGCAGUGUGGAGAGACACCAUCUGAUGGCAGCCCUUGGUGCCUAUGCUGCCCAGAGGCCCGCAGCUCCCCCUGGGAAGGGCAGCCUGGAGCCACAGUACCUUCUGCGUGCACCCUCAAGAAUGCCCAGGCCCUUGUUGUCACCAGCCAUCCCCCAGAAGUGGCCUUCACCUCUGGGAGAUCCUGAAGACCCCCCCAGCACAGGCGAAGGAGCAUGGAUUCACACCCUCCUGAAAGACCUGCAGAGGCAGCCGGCUGAGGCGAGGGGCCUGAGUGACCUGGAGCUGGACGGCAUGGCCGAGCUGAUGGCUGGCCUGAUGCAAGGCAUGGACCACAGAGGAGCUCUAGGCGGCCCUGGGAAAGCGACCCUGGGAGAGUCUGGAGAACAGGCGGAUGGCCCCAAGGCCGUCCUCCAUGGAGAAAGCUUUCCAGAUGAUGGAGUUCAGGACGACGAUGAUAGACUUUACCAAGAGGUCCAUCGUCUGAGUGCCACACUCGGGGGCCUCCUGCAGGACCACGGGUCUCGACUCUCACCUGGAGCCCUCUCCUUUGCAAAGCCCCUCAAAAUGGAGAGGAAGAAAUCCGAGCGCCCUGAAGCUUCUCUCUCUUCAGAAGAGGAGACUGCCGGAGUGGAGAACGUCAAGAGCCAGACGUAUUCCAAAGACCCGCUGGGGCAGCAGCCGCAUUCGGAGCCCGGGGCAGGCGCGUUUGGGGAGCUCCAAAACCAGAAGCCUGGGCCCUCGGAGGAGGAGCAGAGCCUUCCAGCGGGUGCUCAGGAGGCCCUCGGCGACGGCCUGCAAUUGGAGGUCAAGCCUUCCGAGGAAGAGGCGCGGGGCUACAUCGUGACAGACAGAGACCCCCUGCGCCCCGAGGAAGGAAGGCAGCUGGUGGAGGACGUCGCCCACCUCCUGCAGAUGCCCAGCAGCGUGUUUGCCGACGUGGAGGUUCUCGGACCAGCAGUGACCUUCAAAGUGAGCGCCAAUGUCCAGAACGUGACCACUGCGGAUGUGGAGAAGGCCACAGUGCGGUCCGGCACAGAAAGUCAGCGGGAUCCAUGCCAAACACUCCCACGCAAGAAGGAACGGGGGGGUCCCAGCCACGGCUUCAGCGCCUCGUGGCUGCUGGAGCUCCCUCCCUCCAUGACGGAGGCCACGCCGGGUGGAGCUGUGCCGUGGUGGAGCCUGAAGCCCAUCCACGCUCCGGGCCACGUGGGCUGGACAUGGAACAAGAACUCCUGCCUGCAUGGGAGUACCUCCCCUGAGCUGCAGCAGAGACCGGCCGAUGGGAGCACAGGGAAGGACUGUGACAACACUGUGGUAGAAAGUAAUUGCAUCGCCAUCAUUGACAGGGCUACCCACAUGGAACUCCAGGAGCCGCGUUCGGGGGACACUCGAGGAUGCUGCUAA